AUGUCUCAAGCAUCCGGUUCCAUUGCCAACAGAUUCGUUCAAAAGCUUACCUCCAAGGAGUUCCGAAGCUAUUUGAUGAGCACCCAUUUCUGGGGUCCCGUCGCUAACUGGGGUCUUCCUCUUGCAGCCAUUGGUGAUUUCAAAAAAGAUCCCAGUUUAAUCUCGGGUAACAUGACUCUUGCUUUGUGUUUAUACUCGGGUCUGUUUAUGCGUUUUGCGAUUGCCGUGAAGCCUCAGAACUACUUGUUGUUCGCUUGUCACUUUACCAACGAAAUUGCUCAGUUAACUCAGGGAUACCGAUACCUUCAAUAUAAUCAGUAA